AUGCCUUCUUCCACAGUCAAUUCUUAUUUACUUUAUCUGCUCAUCAUUCUUAUCUUAAGUUUACCGGUCUCAAGUGGAAUGGGUAGUUAUGCAGCAUGUUUUGCUACCUGUAUGGCUGUGUGCCAAGGUGAACCCGCUGCAGCGGCAGGUGUUGGAACCGGUUUUGUCUCAGGUGCUAUGACUGGUGGUGUUGCAGCAAUACCUGCCGCGAUAACCGCUGGUACGGCCGCCGCAACCCCGUGCGCGGCUACAUGUGCUGCUACUUGUGGAUGGGCACUCCUACCUAUGCUUCCCUAA